GUUAACUUCACCAUGAAAAUGCAUCUGUCAAACAUCUGCGUCGCACUCAUGGCCAUGGCCAGCUCGGUCUACGGUCAGUGCGACGGCUUCGACCAGNAUGAUAUUCAACCAGGCCACCUUGGAGGCAUUUCCAAGCUUCCACACGAGAUAGUAGCCUGGACCGACUACGCCGAGCAACUCGACCUCUUCUGCGACCACAACACCGGCGACUGGCACAACGCCAUCCCCACCUGCCUGCAAUCCCACUGUCCCUCUGACCCCUCCGCCGCAAUCGCAGACUACAAUACCUUCAACAGUAUCCUCUGUCGCGGCUGGGAAGGCCCUGGUCUGCCUCUCACCACCAUCCUCAGUGUUGACGGUGUAGCAACCACAAGCACCAUCUACCCUACCUCCUCAGAGACUAGAUAUCUGUGGCCGGAUCACACACCUAGACAUACGACGAGCACAAGCCAUGCGUGUAUCUGGGGACAUGAUCACUGUUGGGUUAAUAAUCCUACUAGUAUUUAUAGUACGAGGAGCAAGAGUAGGAAGUGGAGCAAGAGUAGCCAUAGGAUGAUGGCUACUACUACGCCUUGGGGAGAAGAAACUAGACCGGGUGGUGCGGCUGCUAUGCCUACGAAGUAA